AUUUUCUCCUUAUCAUUCGUUGUUUCUCUCGUGAGCGGACUGCGCCACUUAUGAGGAAGGAAAUUCUCAAUUCUAGCCAAUUUAAAGUGAAGGAAAAUUGCAUAGUUUUUUCCAUGAUCUCGAUGUUUUGCUUGUUCUAUAAAUUAUUCUGUUAUUGUUUCUACACUGAUUAACAGAGACAAGUGUGAGAGAAAAUCUCAAUGUUUAUAUCAUAAUAUUGUGUAUGGAAUUCCAGAGAGGAACAAAACAUUCAAGCAGUGAACUAAGAACUUCUUCAUAAAGUGAGAAAAGUAAAUAAAAAGAACAAAUUUGUUCUAUCGACUAAAGUAAUUAACCAAAAAGAACAAAACCAAUUAGUCAAAUCCACAAUGUCAUAUUUUACAAAACUAAUAAGAGUUCCCAGUCAUAAUUUCGAUGUGCCAAGGGAAAAGCAGAGAAGCAGAUCGCUUGAUGUUGAAGCUCUUGAGCGUACAGGCAUUAAGAUGCUGAGAGUUAGGGCAGCUCAACAACAUCAGCAACAGCUCGCAGCACAGACGAUCUGUAAACACAUUCUUGCGAUCAGUAAACUUACCAAGGCCUUAGGGAGAAAUACGUGA